AUGUCUCAAGGUACUUUAUAUAUUAUGGAGGUUUCUCCAAGAUCUUCAAUCUUAGUUGAUCUUAUUAAAUAUUUCAAAUUAGACAUUGAAAUCAAUGCUGAUACUCAAUCUGAAUCUUUCAUCAAGAAAUUCCCAUUAGGUAAAACUCCAGCUUUUGUUGGUGCUAAAGGUUUCAAAUUAACUGAAACCAUUGCUAUUGCCAAUUAUAUUUUAUCUUUAAUUCCAAAUCAAAAAUUAUUAGGUAAAAACAAUCAAGAAUAUGCUAGUAUUAUUAAAUACGUUUCCUUAUUAAAUCAAGAAGGAAUUAAUUCUUGGGUUGGAGCAUUUUUCAAAUUAAAUGGUAGAUUUCCAUACAAUAAGAAAGAAGUUGAUGAAAAUUUGAAAACUUUUAAUAUUAUUGGUGAAGUUUUAGAAAAAAGAUUAAAUGAUUUCACUUAUUUAGUUGGUGAAAGAAUUUCUUAUGCUGAUUUAUUUGCUGUUAAAGUUGUUAUUAGUGCUGUUGCUACUGUUUUCGGUAAACCAUUUUUAACUAAAUAUCCAAAUGUUGCUAGAUGGAUUAAAACUAUUUCUCAAAAUGAAAUUUUCCAAGGUCAAUUCAAAGAUCUUAAAUUCCCAGAACAACAAUUAGCUUUUAUUCCACCAAAGAAAGAAAAGAAGAAAGAUGCUGCUCCAAAGAAGGAUGCUGCUGCUCCAAAGAAGAAGGAAGCUACUCCAGCUGCUGCUUCUGAAGAACCAGCUCCAGCUCCAAAACCUAAACAUCCAUUGGAAGCUUUAGGUAAACCAAAGAACCCAUUAGAUGAAUGGAAAAGAACUUAUUCUAAUGAAGAAACUAGAGAAGUUGCCAUUCCAUGGUUCUGGAAAAACCAAUAUGAUCCAGAAGAAUGGUCAUUAUGGAAAGUUGAUUAUAAAUAUAAUGAUGAAUUAACUUUAACUUUUAUGUCCAAUAAUUUAGUUGGUGGAUUCUUUAACAGAUUAUCUGCUUCAACUAAAUAUAUGUUUGGUUGUAUGGUUGUUUAUGGUGAAAAUAAUAAUAAUGGUAUUACUGGUGCUUUCUUGGUUAGAGGUCAAGAUUAUGUUCCAGCUUUUGAUGUUGCCCCAGAUUGGGAAUCUUAUGAAUUCACUAAAUUGGAUGGUUCUAAUGAAGAUGAUAAAAAAUUCAUCAAUAAUAUGUUUGCUUGGGAUGAACCAGUUGUUGUUAAUGGUGAAAAAAGAGAAAUUGCCGAUGGUAAAGUCUUUAAAUAA